AUCCAAACGACCUGUUAUGGAUAAGACCAUGACAUUCACCUUGUCAUCACAGAAGAGAAGCUGGAAAGUACGUACUCUAGAUUAUUCAAAUACCUGGUGAAGUUUGUGGUGCUGAUGUUGGUCAUGGGGUAUGCUGCAAGCCAGACAUCCAUGUUCAUGGUUGAGAAGCUGAGAUCAACAGUAAAAGACGAUUGGAAGGAAUCAAGCCUCAAAUCAAGUGUAUUUGGGUCAUCAUACAUGCGAGCAUCAAGGAAUGAUUCUUCUCGGGGUUUAAUUUCCAGUGAUAUACUGAAGAACCACUCGGUGUUUGUGGAAGAUCUUGUUACUGUCUUCUUGACGGAAGUACCAGCUGCUACAAGAGGUGGGAAGAACAACAACACACUGACUAUAGCGGUCUCGGACAAAAAUGGGUUCCAUGAGUUGUUGUUGGUGGGCACUGAUAUACCAACAACGGCGGAUAUCAAUGUAAAUGCUUUAAUGGAAGUGAUACAGAUGUUGCCUUACAAUGUAUCCCAUGGGUCUUUUCAAUUUCGAAAUGGACACAAAAAUAGCCACUGGAUGAGGGCUGUUAUUGAAGGUGGAAUGAUCAAUAAGACCUUGAGGAUUGCUGUGCCAGCUAAAAGCGGGUUUAGUGGUUUUGUCAAUCAGAAAGGCGAUCCACCUAGCGUGAUGGGUUUCUCCAUGUUCAAGGAGGUGAUGAAAUCUUUGCCUUAUCAGGUCUCCUACAUUCCAUAUGAAGCUGGCCAUGAAAAUGAGGACAGAUACAACGAUGAACUAAUUUACAAACUAUACCUCAAGGAAUAUGAUGGGGUUGUAGGAAGUAUAACCAUCACAGCCAACAGAUCCAAGUUCGUUGAUUUUACGCAGCCAUAUAUGAUGUCUGGUAUUUCAAUGUUAGUGCCCAUUGAGGACGAUGAUGACAUGAAGAGUCUUUGGUGGUUCUUGAAGCCGAUGACGGCAGAAAUGUGGGUAGCUACGAUUGCACUUUUCAUGUUGAAGGGGAUUCUGGUUUGGAUUUUUGAGCAUGGAACGAACGAGGAAUUCCAAGGAACGCCUUCACAACAAGUGGGGAAAAUCCUAUGUGUCUCCUUCGCCGUAUUUGUCUCUGCUGAAAAAGAGAAGCUACAAAGCAACUAUUCCAGAUUCAUCGUGAGCAUAUGGACGGUUGCAGUGCUCCUGCUUGGGGCGUGUUACGUUGCAAUCAUUUCAUCAAUUUUAACGGCUGAGAAGCUCCAACCGGCUGCGACGGACAUAGAGUCGCUGGUUGAGGAUGGGAAGUGUGCUGGAUACCGAAAGGGAUCAUUGGUGUUAGAAUUUCUAAAGCAAAUGGGAUUCGAAGAGUCGAAACUCAAGGCUUACACAACCAGAGAAGAGUAUGCAGAAGGGUUGUUGAGAGGAGGUGGCAACAAUGGAGUUUCUGCUAUAGUAGAUGAGAUUCCUUAUUUGAAGGUUUUUCUUGCUAAAUAUGGUCAUCGCUACGCCAUGAUGGGACCCAUUCACAGACCGUCUGGAUUUGGAUUUGCGUUUCAAAGAGGUUCCAAGAUAGUGCCUCAUAUUUCUAGGGCAAUCUUGGAACUCACUGAAGGAGAUAAGAUGUUUGAGCUAGAGCAGAAAUGGUUCAGACGCUGCAAAACAAGUCCUGACCCACACCAAACUCCAGUAGUCCCUAACAAGAUAUCUCUACAUAGCUUCCGCGGCAUACUCCUCAUCACCGAACUCACUUCCGGCGUAGCUCUCUUCAUCUUCAUCAUCUUGUUCAUUUAUAAACGGAAAACAACCAGGCAUGGAAAUGACUCGUCGUCCCAAACAUCAUUUGUGGGACCCAGGAAUAGUCGAGAAGCUUUGGGUAACUGUUCUAUCGAGAUAACUGCAAACCACACAAAUGAGGAGGAUUCUAAUGUCAAUAGAGAAAGAGAAAGGGAUCUGAGAAGACCCGAAGAUGGUCAGCUUGAUGAGAGGACCACUCAAUAUGGUAUCCCUUCGGAGAUCAUUUGUGAGGAAGAUUGUUGCACUGAGGAAUGCUAACUGAGAGAGAG